AUGUCAUCUCUCCAGUUUCUGAUAGCCGUGGUGUCAGUGCUGACACUUUCCAGUGCUCAGCAGCAGCUGAUUGAUCCGUACCUGAAUGAAGGUUUCCUACAGUACAACGAUUGGCAACCCAUUACCGGUCCGAAUGUGCCCUAUCCUUAUGCCGUUCCACAGUUCCUGCCUGCCCAGCAGUUCCCCUUCGUUCAGCAAGUUCCCGUCGCACAGCUUCCACCAGUUCCCGUACCCUUCCCGGCACAGCUCCCUCUGCCAAUCGCCCAACCUGGACAGUAUCCUUACCAGCUGCAACUUCCGGUACCACCCCAGCAACAGCAACUGCUUCCAGGUGUAGCAGUGCCUCCGUUCGGCAAUACGCCACAGCUACCAGCGCAGGUUCAGCUCGUACGCCACGGACUUCCGCAUUCGGAUGCGGCUGCCGUUUCGUAUUCCUCGCUGCACUAUUCCGGCAAUAAUUCCCAACCACCCAACCAACUCCCGACACCUCCAGUUGUCAGUGUAAACCAAACACCCUCGAACAGCGUAAAUGGUGCCGCAGCCGUCCCAGUAGCACCCAGCGCCAAGGUGGCAGUAGUAAAGGACAUUGCCACCUUCGGCACAGAGUACGGUACCGGUGCGGACAAGGCUCCCGUCGCGAGGUACGAAGCCAUUAACGCCGGUUCGGUCCAUGUUGCACCGCUGCCGGGACACACCGUCGACCAGAAGCUGAUAGCGCCCGGUACCACCGAACAGAAGCUGUAG